AUGACCCGCGAUAAGGAGGCCUCGUCGUUGCUGCAGCCCCCAGUGCCGUUGACGAGGGCGGCUACCACCAACUGGCCACUCCUUAUGAGCAUGGAGCAAAUCUUUGACAAUAAGUGGGCUGGUGUGGAGGAGGCGGCGGCGGUGGCAGUGGAUGAGGAGGCACAACAGACGACCUUCCUGCCUGGCUUUGAUGAUGAUGAGGAGGAAGGGGGGACUGCACCCAAUGCGGGUGGUGGAUUUGAUGCAUGGGGUGAUGAUGCGCUCGCCUCUACUGAGGAGGAAGUGGACAUUGGCAACGCCUGGGGCUCGGAUGAGGACUUGGGCCUUGGUGAUCUCGAUUUGCCAGCUGGUCCUGAAGUGCAGGCUGUUGACGAUAGUGUGGUGACACCUGGGGAAGGGUAUUCGAGGCGGUGGUUGAGGAAUCGCAAGAUGGUUCCUGACCUCAUCGCUGCUGGGGACUUUGAUGAGGCCUUAGCGACCCUGCAGAGAAGAAUUGGCCUGAUCAAUGCCAUACCGUUGAAGCCACUUUUCGAAGAGGUUUACAGUGCCACUCGCUGCAGGUAG